AUGGAUUGCAGCAGAGACUACAACAAGGGAUGUGGCGGAGGGAUAAUGUCGAAAGCUUUCGAGUACGUAAUCAACAACCAAGGAAUCACCACAGAGGAUAACUAUCCUUACCAGGGAUCACAACAAACGUGUGAAUCCACCAGCCAAUCACCUGUUUACCUUGCUGCUACGAUCAGCGGAUACGAAACUAUCCCAAGUAAUGACGAGGAAGCAUUGCUAAAAGCAGUGUCGCAACAGCCUGUUUCCACGGUGAUAGAUGGGUCAGGUGCUGCGUUUAAGUACUAUUCAGGCGGAGUGUUUAAUGGUGAAUGCGGGACGGCAAUGACUCAUGCGGUUGCGAUUAUUGGUUACAGGGUACGUGAAGAAGGGACUAAGUACUGGUUGGUGAAGAACUCAUGGGGAGAGUCUUGGGGAGAGAAUGGUUACAUGAGAAUCAAGAGAGACGUUGAUGCACGAGAAGGAAUAUGUGGUUUGGCCAGACUUUCUUUCUACCCACUUGCAUGA